AUGCAGGUCGAGUCGCACGAGGACGCGCACGAGAGCGAGAUUCCGUCGCUGAAUGAGUCGCCGUGUCCAUCCGAGGCGUCCACCUCGUCGUCGCCGUCCCGGCGCUCCGACGAGGUGGACGACCCCAAGACGGUUUUCCUGGGUGGAGUGCCGCAGGACCUCGACGAGCCAAAGAUUGCGGAGCUCAUGUCGAGAUUCGGCUCUGUGGAGCACGUGCACCUGAUGCGACACACGCGCAAGAAGUCCGGGGAGAAGAAAUCAGACGAUUUCCACCCGUCACACCGGGGAUUCUGCUUCGUGCGCUUCGGGACGGAAGAGGAGGCGGUCAAGGCCCUGGAGGCUGGGACGUUGAGCGCCGGCGAAGGCGAGAGUGCGAUGCGAAUCGGGGAGGCGGAGAAGGGUAAGGCGCGGCGAUCGUCAAACUCGGGAAGCGCGUCCUCGGGGGACCAACACUCGCAAGAGUACCGUCCGGGUACCGUCCACGCUGUGGCCGCCGCGGCUGCUGCGGCUGCGGCGCCCUAUGACCCGUAUGCCUAUUAUCCGCACCCCGGACCUGUUGGAUACUACGACCCGUACGACCCGUACACGGCUCAGUACGCGGCGCAGGUUCACUACGCCCAGGCGGCUCAGUACGCGCACGCGAUGCAGCAGGCACAACACGCCCACUACGCAGCUGCGAUGCACAGUAGCCUGUACGGUAUCACGCCUCCGGCAUCUCCGACGGCGGCGCGGGGCGGAAGGUGGAGUCCACAGAGGUCUCCGCGGGGGAUGGGUUCUGCCGCAUUGCGCGAGAGGCAGGUCUUUGUCGGCGGUCUCCCCAGGCUCACGACGGAAUCCGACAUGUUUCGAUUCUUCUCUUGCUACGGGCAGAUCGACGACGUAAAAUUAGUGCUCGACCCACGCACAGGCAUGUCUAAACGAUUCGGCUUCAUCACAUUUGCGGACGUGGCGAAUGCGGAGGAGCUCAAGGCGAAAAAGGUGGUGAACUUUGGCAAGGGCUUCAUGGUCAACGUCGGCAGCGUCAAGAAGAAUCAAGGCGCCGCAGCAUCGAAUGACGAGUCUGAAUCGGGUUCAUCUCAGCAGAUGUUCAAGCUCGGAUCCGAAUCCUCGGCGGAUGACCUCGCGGCAGAAAUGCAGUCGAUGGUGAUGGAGGAUGACACGUCGGAAUCGCAGCUCGGCUCGUCCCUCACGUCCUCCAACUCCGGAUCGGUUCUCACCACUCCGAGGAACUCUGGCAACCUGGACGGUAAAUUCACGGUGUCCGAGUCCCCCGUGAGCACGCUGCGCGGCGGAGGUGUCCAAUCUGGCCGAAUCGUGAUGAUCAGCAAGGAGAUCAACUACACCAAAGCCAGCUUCAUCGCAACCGAUGGCGGGGAGUUCCUCCGAAAGAUCAUGGAUGAGACCGGCGCACUGGUGCGAAUCAGGGUGAGGAGGAGUAAACGAACCCGAAGAUUGGCGAUCGAGGUGCGCGGCGAAACCCGCGUCGUGGACGAGACGUGGGCGAAGAUCGAUGCGGAGGUUGAACUCCGCUCAGCGAACUCGGCUCCUGGCGGCGUGGGCCUGCAGCCGGAUAGCAGAUCCAGCAGCAUCGACCCGGGAUCCAUCGACGAGGAGCUCGACGAGGAAUGCCAGGACGCGACUUUCCUCUCUCUCUCACCCACCGCGAUGGACGGGUUCGCCCGACCGUCGCCGCCGCGCGUGAGGACUAAGCUGACGUUCGAGGGUGCCACGCUCGCGCCGCCGACGUCGCCAACACUCAUGAGGUCCACCAGCCUGCCGACGCCCAGCGCGUCAGAAAUGCCCAUGUCACCCGUCAAGCGAGCCCUCGGCAGGCUUCGCAGGCUUUCCGACGCAUCGGACACGUCGAUGACGUCCGAUUCCAGCGCGCCCAAGCGACACUCGUACGAUGGGGGCUCUCGGUCGCCUGAUUCUGCGGUUGUCGCCGUGGAGGGCAUUGGCGUCGGCACCGACGCCGAUGAGCUGCACGAUUUCUUCUCCUCCUUCGGCAACGUCCUGAACACCGAGGUGACGGUCAAACUUCCUAACAGGGACGGCGAUACCAAACCCUCGACACCAACCGCCCCCGUCGCUUUUGCUUUCGUUCAGUUUGAAGACUGCUCGACGGCCAGGGAGGUCAAAUCACAAAGAAACUUUGUUUUCAACGGGCAGGCCAUCGAGGUGAGCUCGCCGGACCGAUACCUCACGUAUCAGUCCUCGAGGAACGCCCAUGUCCCGGAUCGCAGCAAGAUUACACCCGCGUGA